AUGAUGUCAACAGAAUGUACAACACUGGAAUCAUCAACUCCUUCUCAACCUUAUUCUUCCAGUAAAAUGUUUACAUGUGAUCAUCAGAACAGUGUGAUUAACAGUUCUUAUGCAUCUGCAAAUACACUAAUUAAAAAUUUCCCAUUUCCUACUUUUACGACUCUUGCUACCACUAGUGCUUCUACUAAUUUCCUGUCAUCAUUGAAUUCAACAAUAACAACAUCUGCCUUUCUACCUGUAACUCCAUCAUCGACACUAUCAUCCGCAACAGACAAAAAAUUAUCGAAUGCAGAAAUCAGUCAAGAAAAAGACAUAAACAGCGGAAAUUUUCACCUGGCCCCACAAGAUUCGUAUCCCAGUGAAUGUAAAUCAUCCUCGUCAUAUCUAUCAAAUCAACAAAUUAAUUCGUGUAAAUAUACCUUACCAAUAAGAGAAAUGUCGAUUUCACCUAAUCCAUUUAUUAAUAAAAUGAAUACUACAGAUGUAAUUAAAUCGCAUCAUUCACUUCGAUCAGUUACAACAACAACAACAACUAAACGAGUAAAAGAUCAUCAAACUGUUUAUCAUAAAUUCACUAAACAUUGUACUGGAUGUAAUCAACCUAUCUUAGAGAAACUUUAUCUUGGAUUAUCAGAUGGACAAUUAUGGCAUAUGAAUUGUUUAAUUUGUUAUACAUGCGGAAAGUGUUUAGAUAAAGAAAUUAGUUGUUUUAAUCGAUAUGGACAAAUUUAUUGUAGAAAAGAUUAUGAACAGUAA